AUGAUUGAAGAAGUAAAGACUGUUGCAAAGCUUGCUGUUGAAGAGGAUCAAAAAGCUGAGGAAGAACAGAAAAAGAAUGAGAAGGUGAAGAUUGUCAGUGAUGAUGGUGCUGAUAACGAAAAGAUACAAGAGAUGAAACAGACAAAAACAGCUGAGCAUGCCGAGGUGUCAAUCACUGAGGUAAAUUCUGAUUCUAAAAUCUUAAAUUCAAUUGAACAAUGCAAGAAAUGCAUGGAAACAUGUAGAGCUUAUCAAUCAAGUCUUUUCUUCGGUUGCCCACCCCAAGGGAACGGGCAAGUCGAGCAGAUAAAUCGAAGAAUUGUUGAUGGGAUAAAGAGAAGGCUUGGUUAUGAGGGAAAAGGUUGGGCGGAUGAAUUACCAAACGUGAUGUGGGCUCACCGAACGUUGCACAAGACCAGUAACGGAGAAACACCGUUCAGUCUUACUUACGGCACAGAGGCCGUAAUCCCCGCAGAGACCGGAUUACCGAACCAAAGGUAUAAAGCUUGGGAGGAAAAUGAGUGUGAGCUCCAAUCCAAUCUUGAUCUGCUCGAAGAACGUCGGAAUAUCGCAGCGAUCAAAGAAGCCCGAUACAAAAAGAAGAUCGAGAAGUACUAUAAUGCCCGUGCCAAGCUUUACAAAUUCAAGGUCGGGGACUAUGUGCUCCGAAGCAAUGAUGCGAGCCGCGUUGAAGUCCCGGGCAAGCUAACCCCAAAGUGGGAAGGACCGUACCGAGUCAAAGAAGCUAGUGAAAAAGGCUCGUACGUGUUGGAAAAAAUAGAUGGAACCCCAGUCCCCAGGACAUGGAACGGGGUGCACCUUAAGAAAUGCUUCAUGUAA